AGGUCGGCGGCGCCUAGUUGCGGGUACUAUCUGUUCCCUCCCUCUCCCGGCCGGGCCCACAGGGAGAGUGACACUCAUCAGGCGGCUCCGUCCAGGCGGCGCAAGCAGCUCGCAACCGCCAUCCCUCUCGUCUUCCACAGUUUAGGAGCUUGUGCCAUGGCCUGAUACACAGUGGUGUGCAUGUACAAAAGAAUUCCUCAGUGGGAAGAAAAGAUAAGCCGUUUGUGGAGAUAAAGAACACACAAAGGGAACAUCUGCUUUUAAGGUUACAGAGGUGCUGAAGCAUGGCUGACUUCGAUCACAAUCUCAGUCUUGCGGAUGCUCUGACAGAACCACCAGCAGAAAUUGAGGAAGAAGUGAAACGAGACUUCAUUGCCACCCUGGAAGCAGAGAAAUUUGAUGAUGUGGUUGGAGAAACAGUGGGUAAAACAGACUAUAUCCCCCUACUGGAUGAUGAUGAUGAUGAUGAUGCAAAGGCUGGGAGCCAGGAACCAAAAAGCAAACCCCACACAGAUGGUGGUCAGGUGGAAAGUACUUCAGCUGUUGGACCAGCAGUGUUAGAGAAUGGUGACCAUGGAACAGAAGAUGACAGUACAGUAUUCCCAAGAGAGAUCAUGGGUGAAAAAAUGUCCUACAAAGAGUUUCUGGAUCGUAACGAGACCUGGGCGAUGGAUGAUAGAGACCUUUGCUUUGAACCACAGUCGAUAUUCAGACCCAUGGAGGGGACAGAGCCCUUCAGGAUGCACAGAGAGGAUGUCCUGUGUGAUCUGCUGCUACGUCCUUCUGAAAUGGAGACUCGCCUACCAUUCACAGAGCAUUUUGAAGCUUCAGAGGAAGUUCAUGCACCCCAUGCAGCUAUGAUGGUACCUGAAUUGCCUUCUCUGGGAUCCCCAUAUUCUCAUGCAGAAGUUACAGAUCCAUCUGCCUUCAUCACCCUGGAUUCAACUACAGAGUCUCUGCUGAACAUAGAAGCACCUGCAAGAGUGACAGUGCCUGAAGAAAAUUGGCCGGGAGCUGAGCAUGCUGUGGAGAAACUAGAUGAAUCUUCCUUUGUAGAACCACCAGAACCCACCAGGAUAGCUGAUGCAGCAGAAGAAUAUUUGCCAGGAAGUCCAGUGGCUGCUGUACCUGCUGCUGUUCCUUCUGCAUUAACAGAGCCUACAGAAGAGACCAAAGCUACUGACGCACCACAGGUUGAACCAACGGAGUCCGUUCCAGUGAUGGGAGACGCGUCUGUUCCAGUGAUGGGAGACGCGUCUGUUCCUGUAGUGGAAGAGCUGAUGGUGUUUGAACCUUCUGUUGAGCAACACAAGUCAGCUGUUAAUGAACCUCCAACAGUAUCGUCUGCCCCAGCUGUGGUAAUGGAACAAAAAAUGACCGUCACAGAAGCCUCUACUCUUGGUGCAGAUAGUACUCCUAUGCUAGAGAAUGUGGAAGAGAAUAAACCGUCUCCCAGCAAACAUAUAGAGCAUCUUCUGAAGCCAAAUGAAGAACUCCUAGAGCUGGCAGUUCCAGUGGAAGCAAAAGAACCGUUGACAUUAAUAGAAACUAAAGAAACUCUUCCAGAAAAAACAGCUCCGGCUGCUGACCUGGCCAUAGUAGAGGAGCUGAAGGAAGAGGCUGAGCUUAGUCAUGCCCACCAUACAGAACCUCCACAAAAGAAAUCUCCACUAGAACCUACAGGUGUUCCUACUGCACAAGUAAGGCAAGCUAACAAAUCAAGUGACCGCAGGUUUGGCAGAGCAAAACCUGCAGCAGUGCCUGGUGCAGAUGUCCCUGAGGAACUUCUAGUAGGUCUCCCACAGCAGAAGAGUACUGACCCAAAAGCAGACCCCUUUUCUAUGGCAGAACUUGGAUGGGUCUCUGGAACAUUCUCUCGAACUAGGACACCACAUAAAAAGGCAGCCGGGCAGCUACUCAGCAUGCCGUCUGAAUUUGUGGAGAGCCAGAGAGAUGUACCUAGAGAGAGCUGGGAUUCAGAAGGUUCUCCAGUGAUUGUGAAGAAGAAGAAGAAGAAACAGAAACAAAAGAGAAACCAGCAGCCAAGAACAAUGGAGUUGGGGGAUGAAAAUGUAGAAGUUUCUAAAGCUCCCAAAGUUCCUCUCUUUGCUGCUGAACUGCAAAAGGCAGACGUUCCCUUUGUCCUGCCUGCUGAAGGUGUCAAAGAGCACUCUGCUCACUCAAGAGAGGGCCAGAGGAAGGGAACUUCAAAUGUACCAAGGGAUGCUAAGGCAGGAACUGAAAGCCACCUCGUAGGCGAUCAAAAUUUUAUCUCAAGUCCCACAGCAGGCCAGCAGAGCCUGAAAACUGAAGGACCAUUUAAAUUUUUGUUGGAUGCAAAAGCUGGAGAAGUCAUGAAACAGGAAGAAAUGAAAGCUGACAGUUUGUUUCAGUCUGAAAGCAAAAACAAACAGGUACCCUUGGAGAAGCUAGAAUGCAAGACAGAACACACUAAGAUGGGGGAUCCUUCCUCAGCACUGACGCAAACUAAGCCUAUUGAAAUAAGUUUUGUUGAUAAAAACAAAAAGAUUGAGUGUAAACAUUCAGAGCAUUCAGACCUUAAAGUAUCUCUUUCCAAAGGCAUCAACCUAAAUAAAGUGGAAACUCCUUUGGAAACCAAACCUGUAGAAAUUAGCCUUAUUGAUGAAAAUAAGGAGAUUAAGUGCACAUCUCCCAAGCAUGUAGCAGCAGAUGAGACAGUUCCAAGUGAAGUUCAAACUCCCAGUGGGACGUUGAUGGGAGAGAAACCAAAGAAAAGAGGUAGUGAUGAAAAAAGCAGAAAGACUGAAAAUGGUUUCUCCAAGGAGCCUGCUGUUUUAGAGAUUAAGACAGAUACAACCAAUCUUCCUGCUGCAGCAAAGAGAGUCAACAAAACUAAAGAAACAGAUUCCUUUGAUAAAAGCCAAGAGACUGGCUCUAUUACUUCAGAGCCUCCAUUGGAAACUGCAACAGAUAUUACUAAAGUUCCCCUUAUACCAUUGGUGUCAGACAAACCUAAAGAGGGCAUUGCUGGGCAAAACAAAAAGGCUGACUUCAGUUUUUCAGAGCAGCCAUUUCUUUUGGAGACUAAGACAGAUACAGCCAAACUUCGUGCUCCUGCUGAGACAGUAGACAUAACUAACAUCGGUUUCACUGAUAAAAGCAAGCAGACUGGAUUCGAUCACCCAGCUGUGACAGAUCCCAACAUGGCACUGGUUACAGAUAAACCUAAAAAGAGGGGUAGUGAUGGGAAGAACAAAAAAGUUAAAAAUUCCUCUGAGCAGCCAGUUUUUAUGGAGGCUGAGACAGACCCAGACAAACUUCCUGCUGUAGCUAAGACAGCUGGCAAAACUAAAGAAAUAAUCUUUACUGAUGAAGACACAGAGCCCAGCUUUGCUGUUGCAGAGCAUUCAUUGGAGGAUAUGACAGGUCCCAGUACUGCAAAGGUGGCAGAGAAGCCAAAGAAGAGGACUAGUGAUGGAAAAAACAAAAAGGCUGAAAAAGGUUAUUUCCAGCAGCCAUUUUUUCUGGAGGCUAAGGAAGACACAAGCAGCCUUCCUACUGUAAUGCAGAAGGAUGACAAAACUGAAAAAGUAAGUUUCACUGAUAAAGGUAAAGAGACUGAUUUUACUACCGCAGAUCAUCUGUUGGAGGGUGCAACAGCUACAAUGAAGGUACAAGGUCCCACUGCAACACUGGUAACAGAAGAACCUAAAAAUGGUAUUACUGGGAAAAGUGAAAAGGCAGAAUUCAGUAUUUCAGAACAGCCAGAUGCGGCCAAACUUCCUGCUAGUGCUGAGACAAUCAGCAAAACAAAGGAAGAUAGUUUGAUGGAUAAAAGCAAAGAGACUGGAUUUACUACAGAUUCCAGUAGAGCACUGUUGAGUGACAAACCUAAAGAGAAGGGCAGUGAUAGGAAAGGCAAAAAAGUUGGAAAAAGUUCUUUUGAGCAGCCUUUUCUUCUGGAGGCUAAGACAGACACAAGCAAGCUUCCUACUGUAGUUGAAAAGGCUGAAAAAAUGAAAGAAAUGGGUUUUGCUGAUGUAGGCAAGGAGCCUAUCUUUACUACAACAGGGCAUCAACUGGAGAAUUUGACAGAUACAACCAAGGUACAAGUUCCCACUAUGAAACUGAUAACAGAAAAACCUAAAAUAAAGGAAAGUAAUGAAAAAAGUUUCUUUGAACAGCUUGUUCCCUCAGAUUACAAAAUGGACACAGCACAGUCCGAAACACUCAUCAAAACUAAAGAAACUCCCUUCUCUGAUAAAGGCAAGGAGACUGAUUUUACUACUUUAGAGCACCUCUUGGAGGAUAUAAGAGAUAUAGCUAAGGCACACAUUCCCAUGACAGAACUGGCGGCAGACAAAACUAAGAGGUGUAGUGAUGGGAAAAGCAAAAAGAUUGAAAAUAGUGCUGAGCACCUUGCUGUCUUGGAGGCAAAGACAGACUCCAUUAAACUUCCUGCAGUAGUCAAGGAGGCCAAUAAAAUUAAAGAAACUCACUCAACUGAUAAAGGCCAGGAGACUCAAUUUACUAUUUCAGAGCAUCUGUUGGAAGAUAUAACAGAUACAGCUAAAAUACAAACUCCCAUUACACCACUUGUGACAGGAAAACCAAAAGAGACUAAUAAGGAGAACAGCACAAAGGCUGAUGUUCGUUCAGAGAAGCCAUUUCUUUUGGAGACUAAAGUGGAUGCAGCCACACUUCCUGGUGGUGCUGACAAAACUGAAGCUGUAAGUUCCACUGAUGAAAGCCAGGUGGCUGGAUUUACUAUUUUAGAACAUCAAAUGAUGACAGAUCCCAGUCCAGCACUGGUGACCAAUAAGUCUAAAAAGAGGGGAAAUGAUGGAAAAAACAGAGAGGCUAAAAAUGCCUCUGAGCAGCCAGUUCUUCUGGAGACUAAGAUCGACAAAAGCAAAAUACAACCUCCCAUAGUAACUGAUCUGGAGUACCAAAUGGAAGAAAUGGGUCUUGUAGAUGAAAACCAAAAUAUUAAAAAUUUCCCCUCUGAGCAUCAAAUGCUUUGGGAUAAUAAGGGUCACUUGUUCACACCCUUCACUCAGUCUGGAGCAGUUGGUGUUGACAGAGUUGACAAAGCCAGUAUCUUUCCAGAGUAUCCAGUAAAGGAUGAAGGAUGGAAGGUGCCUGUGCCUCCUGCAGUGGUUUGGGAGGGCACCAACAAAGAAUCAAGCACAGGUGACAAAAGGGAGAAAAAUAAACACAGCCAUUAUGAGCAUUCAGUCACACUGGAAGGUGAAGAUGCUGGCGUACAGGCUUUCGCUUCAGUGAAGGAGGGUGAUGAAAUCAAAGUGACUAGUGCUGGGGAUAAGAAGAAGAAAGGUAAACGGCCUUCCUUGGAUUCUCCAGUUAAACAGGAUGCCAAGGCAGGAAGGGAUGAAGUGCAUACUUCCAUUUUAGCAGAGAUUGAUGACAAAGGAAUAAGUUUCACUGGUGAAAAGCAAAGCACUGAAUGUGCUUCCUUGGAGCAUCUGGUGAAGGAGACAGAUGCCAUGAAGGGAACAAUUCCCACAGAUGCCAAAGUGACGGACAAAAUGGAAGGAAGUAGCUCUGCGGGUGAGAAGGAUGUUGGAUGCAUUUCUCCGGAACUUACAGUGCAAUGGGAGAAUAAAGCAGAAGCAGUUGUUCUGCAGGUUCUAGGUACAACGGAGGUGGUGAACGAGGCUAAAGAGGCUGAGCUGGGUGAACAAAGCUUCUCUGAGUGCCCAGUUAGUUUAGAAAAAAAGACAGAUGCAGCUGAGGUUGCUAGUGUGACUCUGAGAGAUGCCCAAACAGAGGAAAUCAGUCCUACUGAUAAAAUUAAAGGCCAUUCUGAACACUCAGAAGGUGAUGCUGCUGACAAGAUGAAGGCUGGCCUGAAGGACUUCCAAGCUUUGAAGUCUGAAGAGGAUAAAUAUGCAGACUUACCUCAGAAACAGAUAGAUGGUUCUGGACAAAAAGUGGUGAAAGAGACAAAGAAAGAGGCGAGAGUCAAAGCUACGGAACAGAUAAAAGGCUACAUGAGACCCACAAAGUCAAGAGGGCUUCCUACUCCACCACCAAGGCCUGCUGUCCAAGAUCGAGAGAAACCAAGGCAGCUGAAAGCUAAUGGUAUGAGUCGGCAAAGGCAAGAAAAAGCAAAACCAGAAGAGAUAAAACUGGUGGAGGUUGUGACGGGAAGUGACAUCACAGCACCCCCAAACAAAGAGCUUCCUCCAAGCCCUGAGAAGAAGAGCAAGCCUUCAGUAUCCACACCAUCAGCAAAACCUGCAGCAACGAAAACCAAGCCACUGUCCAGUACAAGCCCCAAGCGGCCAGCUUCUGCCACACCUGGCCAAAACAAAAAACCCACCAGCCCUACUGCAGGUCCUACUUCGGCCACUACUCCCAAACGCUCAGCCACCAGUACUACACGUCCCUCCACUUUAACUCCUAAAGACACUAAACCAAAGGUAACAGAUGCGAAGAGCCCAGACAAACGGACCUCACUUUCAAAGCCACUGUCUGCUACAACACCUCGAGCUGCUGUAAAGGUCAGCCCUGCCACGCCCAGGACAACUGCAGCGUCUCCAGUUACAACACCCUCCGGUCCGAGAAACACUGCUACUUCCCCACCCAAAAGGCCAACGUCUAUCAAGACUGAAACAAAACCUGCAGAUGCCAGGAAGACCACUGCGAAGUCACCAUCAGCAGACCUGAGCCGCCCAAAGAGUGCGCCUGCAAACUCUGCUAAGAGCAGCGCCACUACCCCUACUGCUGCAACCCCAGGUACUCUUGCCUCACCUGGAGUCGCCACCAGCCGCCCCAAACCCAAGCCAGCUGCAGCCAGACCCACCACAGCAUCAAGUGCAACUCCAGAAGCUAAAAAACCAUCAACAGUUAAAGCUCCACUUAAAACCAGCACUGUUCCCAAGCCGCCUCGCCCAACCAGCAGUGUUUCUGCCCCUGAUCUGAAGAACAUACGAUCCAAAAUCGGAUCAACAGAUAACAUUAAACACCAACCUGGUGGAGGAAGGGCUAAAGUAGAGAAAAAACCAGAAUCAGCCGGUGCUGCGCGAAAGUCUGAAUCCAAUGCGGUCUCUAAAAUGGCUACUACUAAAACAACUGUAACAAAAGAGGGGGCACAAAAGCAGCCCAAUGGGAAAGUCCAGAUAGUCUCCAAAAAAGCGAACUACAGCCAUGUUCAGUCCAAGUGUGGUUCCAAGGACAAUAUUAAGCAUGUCCCUGGAGGUGGGAAUGUUCCAAAUGCCCCAAAGCCAGCUUCAGGCAGCCGCUCCCAGCCGUCCAUCGCCCCCAAACCCAGCCCAGGCAGUACCAAUGUGCAGAUCCAGAGCAAGAAAGUUGACAUUUCCAAAGUGUCCUCAAAGUGUGGCUCUAAAACGAAUAUAAAACACAAGCCAGGGGGAGGAGAUGUCAAAAUCGAGAACCAGAAGCUGAACUUCAAGGAGAAGGCGCAGGCGAAAGUGGGCUCUCUGGACAACGUUGGACAUGUGCCAGCAGGAGGCACGGUGAAGCCUGAGGGGAGUGAAGAGGCAGCGCUGCUGGCUCAGGCCCCUCAGAAUGGAGAUGUGACAGCGCCCCAGGCAGACAGUGAAAUGCGGGAGAAUGGAGUAGGGCCGACUGCGCCCACUGUGGGUGGUGGUGACCAAAGGGAAAUUCUGAGCUUCGGCUGUCAGAUACAAGAAACAAGCAUCUAAUGAUGACAUUAUGGUAUCAUCCUCCGCUCCCCUGCCCCCUCUCCCCUCCCCCGCUCCCCAUCUCACCUACCCCCUUGUGUCG